AAUUUUAACAGCUCUUUAGACCUAACAUUUAAAGGCACUUGUCAAACAAUACAUUUCAAAAUAAAAAGAAAAGGUCGUUUCAAUGUUCUGUACAAUAAAACAUGACGAGAAAAGAGGCAAAAACAAGCCAAAUGAGAAAUAUAUUUUGGCACCAAAUUAAACAACAAAAGGAGCAACUGACAUCAAAAUCCUUUAAAAUUUUCUGGAAAAAAACAACCUUUACAUGGAUAGUAUCGAUGAAUGAUUUCAUAUUGGCUGACAUUGUAUACGCCGAGUGGUGAUGUCAUAUGUCUGCGCCGCAAUAGUGCACGUGUGGGAAGUCGGACCUGUUUAGAAGUGCUGCGCAUUUAUCUCUUAGCUAACACAUAAUCUAUCCAAAAUGGGGAAAAAGUUGAAAGUCGGAAAGACUCGUAAAGAUAAAUUUUAUCAUUUGGCAAAGGAAACAGGCUACAGAUCCCGUUCGUCGUUUAAGCUAAUCCAGCUGAAUCGUAAGUUCCAGUUUUUGCAGAAGGCCCGGGCUCUGCUGGACCUGUGUGCUGCUCCAGGAGGAUGGUUACAAGUAGCAUCCAAGUUCAUGCCCGUGUCCAGUCUGAUCAUCGGAGUGGACCUGGUGCCCAUCAGACCCAUCCCCAACGUAGUCACCCUGCAGGAGGACAUCACCACGGACAAGUGCAGACAGGCUCUCAAGAAAGAGCUGCAGAUGUGGAAAGUGGACGUGGUGCUGAAUGACGGUGCCCCAAACGUCGGAGCUAACUGGCAGCAUGACGCUUUCUCACAGGCUCACUUGACCCUGAUGGCUCUGAGGCUCGCCUGUGAGUUUCUCAACAAAGGAGGAACUUUCAUCACCAAAGUUUUUCGCUCCAAAGACUACCAGCCGCUCAUGUGGAUCUUCCAGCAGUUCUUUAAGAAAGUGCAGGCCACCAAACCACAGGCAUCCCGUAACGAGUCCGCUGAAAUCUUUGUCGUCUGCCAAGGUUUUCUGGCCCCUGACAAAAUCGAUAACAAAUUUUUCGACCCUAAGCAUGCCUUCAAAGAGGUGGAGGUCCAAGUAAAGACAGUAAAGGAGUUAACCACGUCGAAGAAGCCUAAAGCAGAAGGCUACGCUGAUGGGGACCUGAUCCAGUAUCACACAUUCUCAGUUACUGCAUUUUUACGAGCUGAGAACCCAGUGGACUUCCUGAGCAAAGCUAGCGAGAUCACUUUUGAUGAUCCAGUGAUGGAGUUACACACAGCCACAUCUUCUGAAAUUAAAGAAUGCUGUAAAGAUAUCAAGGUUCUUGGAAGAAAAGAACUGCGUCUCUUGCUGUCAUGGAGAUCCAAGCUGAGGAAGUAUUUAGCCAGAAAGCUGAAAGAAGAAGCAAAGCACUUGGACCAAGAGAUCAGUCUGAGCUCUAGUGAUGAUGAAAUCGAUGCAGAGAAACCCAGCAAGAAGAAGGAGGUGGUGGAUAAGAAAGAAGAUGAUGAGGCUGAAGAUGAGGACGAGGACGAGGAGAUGGAGAAGCAGCUGGCUGAGGUGAAGGCAGAGGAGAUUGCGGAGCUGAAACGGAAAAAGAAGAAGCUCCUGAAAGAGCGACGGAAGCAGAGAGAGCGAGUGGAGAUGAAGAUGGACCUGCCUGGAGUUUCCAUCGCUGACGCCGGAGACUCGAGCAUGUUCUCCCUUAGCACCAUCAGUAAAGCCAAGGACCUGAAUAAGCUUACAUUGGGUGAUAUGACUGGAGCAGACGCCUUGGUGGAUGAGGGGGGAGAGGAGGACGUGUACAUUUCCGAAUCAGAGAGCGACCUCGUCUCUCUGGCAUCAGACCUGGAUGACGAUGACCUCGCUGAGAUUGAGGAGAAAGAGAAGCAGCUGAAGAAGCUUCCCAAGAAAAAGGUUUCCUUCGCUACAGUGGAGGAGGAUGAGGAUGAAGAGGAGCAAGGGAACAAACUGCUGGUGGAUUUGGAAGGAAAGAAUGAAAAGCAAGACCGACAGACCAGCAUGUGGUUUAGCAAGGAUAUCUUCUCGGAGCUGGACCUCGAGGGAGACGAAGACACACUGAGGGAACUCGAACAGACCCAGUUCCUGCACAGCAAACAGACUGCAGGAAAGGGCAAAAAGAGGAAGGCUGAAGAGGAGCCUGCUCAGGAGGAGGAGGAGGCAACCACGCCCUCUCAGGAAGCAGUAGAGGCAGCAGGAGGUGAGGAGGACAGCGAUGAUGACUCGGACAGUGACAGCAGCGAUGAUGAGGAAGAAAUAGCAAGGAUGAAGAAGACCUCUGGGUCUAGUGAAUUAGCUGGAGAUGAUGACGACUUUCAAGAAGUUCCUGUAGAGAGCACAAGUAAGCGUGCUCGGAUCUUGGACGCUGAGGGUCUGGCUCUCGGUGCUCAGAUUGCCACGUCCAAGAAGAGACGCAGGGACCUGAUAAAUGAGUCCUUCCACAGGUUCUCCAGUUCUCAGGAGACUGGCGAGAUUCCAGUGUGGUUCUUAGACGACGAAAGGAAGCACAGGAAGAAACCCAUCCCGCUCACGCAAGAGAUGGUGGAGGAGUACAAGCAGAAGUGGAAGGAGAUCAACGCACGUCCAAUUAAGAGACUAGCAGAGGCCAAAGCUCGCAAGAAGAGAAGGAUGCUGAAGAAGAUGGAGCAGGCCAAGAAGAAGGCUGAAGCUGUGGUCAACACAGUGGACAUCUCAGAGAGAGAGAAGAUGGCACAGCUCCGAGGCAUCUACAAGAAGGCUGGUGUGGGUAAGGAGAAGAGGGAAGUGACCUACGUCGUGGCCAAAAAGGGUGCUGGGCGUAAAAUCCGCCGUCCCCCAGGAGUGAAGGGUGUCUUCCGCGUGGUGGACGGACGGAUGAAGAAAGAUCUCCGUGGCAAGCAGAACAAGGAUCAAAGAGACAAGGGGAAAGGGGGCAGGAAGGGAGGGAAGGGCGGAAGAGGGGGAAUGGCAGGGAAGGGCGGAAGAGGGGGAAUGGCAGGGAAGGGCGGAAGAGGGGGAAUGGCAGGGAAGGGUGGAAGAGGGGGAAAGGCAGGUAAGGGGCGUCCAAACAGGAAGUGAGGGAGUGAAACAUGACCAUGAACUUCUCAUCACACUCAGCUGGGACUGCUGUUAAAGAGCUGAGCUGUGCUAACUCCAGGCUACAUGGACUUAGUGGACAGGAUGAUAC